AUGGACUCUAGUCAAGUGGAGGAUGAAGAAGCUGAGCUUCAUGCUGCGGAGCAGCAAAUUGUGCGCAGAUGUUAUAUCUGCAAGAGCACAGGUCAUUUGAUGGAAAAAUGCCCUGCAAGAAAGGCAUAUUUGGUCUCGAAGGGCCGAAGUUCCAUGGGUAAACCUUCUGCUUUGCCGCGGGGAAACGGCGGGACCCAGUAG